AUGGACGACAACUUCAAGUCGAUUGUGAACGCGGUCAAGUGGGGCCGCAACGUGUACGACUCGGUCUCCAAGUUUCUCCAGUUUCAGCUGACCGUCACGCUGACCGCGAUUACGCUCUGUGUGCUCGGCGCCAUCUUUCUCGAAGAGACGCCGCUAAGCGCCGUCCAGCUGCUCUGGGUCAACCUCAUCAUGAACACGUUUGCAUCCCUUGCGCUCGCGACCGACACACCGUCGAACGCUGUCCUCGACCGCAAGCCAUACCCGCGCACCAAGCCGCUCAUCUCCAAGAAGAUGACCAAGCACAUCCUCGGGCACCUCGUGGUGCAGCUGGCGAUUUUGCUGACGUUGACGCUCGAGGGCGAAAAACUGCUGCAGAUCCCGUCUGGUCGCAAGUAUGAAACCGAGGACCCGAGCCAGCCCUCGGUGCACUACACGGUCGUCUUCAACACGUUUGUGUUUCUCCAGCUCUUCAACGAAAUCAACGCGCGCGUGAUCCACGACGAGAAGCGCGUCGUGCUCCGGGGCCUCUUGACCAACCGCUUGUAUGCGUCCAUCUCGGUCCUUCAAGUCGUGCUGCAAGUCAUUUUUGUCCAGUUUGGCGGCAACGCGUUCGACUGCGCGCCGCUGAGCGCGACGCAGUGGGCGGUCUGCAUUGGUCUCGGCGCGCUGAGCUUGCCCGUUGGCUGGAGCUUGCGCCGGAUCCACUCGCACCAUUUGCCCCAGUGGUUUGCACUCUUCCGCCGCGCCCACCCGCACUCGUACCUUCGGUUCCGCUAGGCUCCAUGCCACCCUCCCUUUCUGUUUUCAUGCUUGUUUCGACAAUAGUGUGUUAAAUAAAAAAUUUGCCACAAA